CAUUCUUCAGCAAUCGGCGUUUGAGUGCAAGAAAAUAAGAGAACCCUGACGCGUUAGAAAGAAAAACACUGGAGUUAUAGCCAAAACGAAGAGAAGAGAGAAGAGAUAUGGACGGAAGAGGCGGCUGUUGCAUAGCGAGGUACGGAUAUGGUAGCGGCGGAGAAUAUGACAUGUCGAAGGUGGACAGGAUAAUGUUAAAGUUCAGACCGAUCGCGCCGAAGCCGGUCAACGGAGGAGGAUCAACACCGGAGAAGGGUGACUUGUACGUUAAGAGUGGGAGGGGGAGAGGGAAAAGAUCACGGUCUGUGAAGUCAGGGCGCAAAGCGGUAGUUGACCCAAAUGACAAAAAUAAAAAUAAAAGAAGGAGAUCGUCGAAGGCGGAGGAGGAAAAGACGGUUGUGACGCUGCCUCUGUUGCCGGAGACUCCGGAACCAAAGGAGUCUUCUGAGGAGAGAGAAAGGAACUCCUGCUCGAGUUACUCAUCCACCACGUGGAUGAGUUUCGAUAAUAAUAAUUCUACUUCUACGACUUCUCCGACAAGUCGUAUAAGUAAGGUGGUGGCGGCGAAGGUGGUUGGGAAAUCGUGCGUGACGGUGGACUGCGUGACGGAUACGUGGGUGGAAGGGGAGGGGCUAGGGUGUACGGACGGGGAGAGGAGGAUGAACCUGGAGAGGGACACGUGUCCAGGGUUUAUUUCCGACGGGACGGGGAGGGUGGUGUGGACGAAUGGGGCGUACCGGAGCAUGGUGGGGCAAAGGGAGGGGGAGAUGAUGGUGUGGCUGGUGAUGAACGAGAAGGCAGCGAGGGCGGUGGGAGCGAUGAGUAAUUAUACGGCGGCGUUCACGUGCAGGGUGAGGGUGCAGUACAGUGGGUGUGGUGGUGGGACGUCGGCAGGGGAUUGGAGCUCGUUGACGCUGCCGUGUGACGUUUGGAGGAUGUUGGGUGGUGGGUUUGCGUGGAGGCUGGAUGUAAAGGCAGCUCUUUCUUUGGGUGGUUGUAGUAAUUUUAUCAGUGCCGUAUGAGUAAGUGACAGAGAGAUCAACUAAUUAAUUAAAGUUUGCUUUGCGUUUUAAUUAGUUACUUUCAAUUAAUAAUUGUGAAUAUUUUGGGCACUUGACAUUUUGAAAUCCUUACUCUAAGCUCUCUGUGAUCUGGGCGUUUUUUCGUUAAAUCGAACAUGUAGUGGGAAGCGAAUUUGAAUGUUCGAAUAUCAUGUAUCUUGUUCUUCAUGCAAUCAAAGAACAUCAUCUUGUGCA